CUAAAGUGAGACAGCAUGUCUAAUGCCGGACUAAUGUCUUCACCCAUAUGUUUGGUGGAGAAUGUGAACGGAUCACUCAGCGUCUGUAAGCAUGCCCUUGAGUUCCUGAGCAGGAUCAAGGAGCCGGUGGUGGUGGUGUCUGUGGUGGGACUCUACCGCACAGGGAAGUCUUACCUCAUGAACCGCCUGGCAGGACAACAGUCAGGCUUUGCUCUUGGCAGUGCUGUUGAAUCAAAGACCAAAGGCAUCUGGAUGUGGUGUGUCCCUCACCCUAAAAAAGAAGGACACACUCUAGUGCUGCUGGAUACAGAGGGACUUGGUGAUGUGGACAAAGGAGACUCUAAGAAUGACAGCUGGAUCUUCUGUCUGGCUGUUCUGCUCAGCAGCACAUUGGUGUACAACAGCCGCGGCACUAUUGAUAACACUGCAUUGGAGAAUCUGCACUACGUUACUGAGCUCAGUGAGCAGAUCAACAUCAGGUCACCAUUAUCUAUACCAGAUGGAGCAGCUGAAGGAGAUGAUUGUCAUUUUGUGCGUUUUUUCCCAUCAUUCAUCUGGGUACUGAGGGAUUUCACAUUGAAGUUGGAAGCUGAUGGAAAAAAAAUGACAGAAGAUGAGUACCUUGAGUUUGCCCUCGAUCUGAAGAAAGGUGUGAAUAAGAAAAUCAGUGACUACAACCUGCCUCGUCAAUGCAUCCGAAACUAUUUCCCAUCCCGGAACUGUUUUGUAUUCCCAUCUCCCGCCUCGAUUGAAAACAUAAUACACUUAGAAAACUUAAAAGAACAGGAACUUGUACCAGAUUUUCUGGAGGUCACAGGUCGUUUCUGUGACCAUGUCUUUAAUAAGAGUCCUGUGAAAACUCUGAAAGGAGGACACAGGAUUACUGGCAAAUUGCUCCGGCGUCUGGUGCAGAUUUAUGUGGACACAAUAAGCAAUGGUGAAGUGCCCUGUCUGGACAAUGCAGUUGCUACUCUUGCAAUUUUAGAGAAUGAGGCAGCUGUUCAAAAAGCAAUAAAAGUAUAUCAGAGUGGGAUAGAAGAGGUGAAGAAUAUGUUUCCAAUAAGUGUGAUUGACAUUACCUCAGAGCACCAGAAGUUCAGCAAUCUGGCCAUCUCUGAAUUCAUUAAAGGCUCCUUUAAAGAUGAAAAAGGAGAAUACCUAAUAAAACUGAUGGAAGCUGUAAGUAAAUGCUUUGUAGGCCUACUGCAAGAGAAUGAGAUGGCAUCAGAGAGAAAAUGCAGAGAUCUGCUGAAGAAUCUGUUCUCUGACAUGAACAAACGGCUGCAGGAUGGAGAGUAUAGUCAGUCUGGAGGAUAUGAACUCUACUGCAGAGACAGAGACGCCAUCGUUGAACAGUACCGCAGAGAACCCAACAAAGGUGUAUCGGCUGAGGCCAUGUUGAAUGAGUUUAUGAAGGACCGGGGACCUGAAUCAAAAAGUAUCCUCUGCAUUGAUACAAAACUCUCCGAAAAUGACAGAAAGAUUCAAGAGGAGAAAGAGGCGAGUGCUCUGCUGGAACAGAGGGGUAAAGAAGAAGAGGAGAAAAUAAUAGUGAGAGAGCGAAUGUUGCAGGAAGAGAGAAAACAGCAUGCAGCCAGGAUACAGCAGAUGCAUGGGAAGUUUAAAUCUGAGAUGGAGCAGCAGCAGCAGGAGCUGGACAGAGCUAUGGAGAGCAAACUGAAGGAGAUGAAAGAACUGCUAAUGAAAGGCUUUAAAGAGAAAGCUGAUUUCCUUGAGGAAGAGAUAAACAAUCUAAAAAAAGAGAAGGAAGAAAAAGGUUCUAGCAGUUUUAUGGAUGUGUUGAUGGUACUUAUCAGAAAUAUGGAAAAACUCCUACCUCUAAUGCUUGAGUUCACAGGAAAGAACAGCAAACCAUAGACACUCGUCACAUUAAAGUAAU